AUGGUUGUGUUGAACAAUUUGCUGAGAGCACAGAGAUCGCGAUCUACACCCGAUCUUUUUGAUAAUGAAGAAGAACAGCUUGGUGAAAAAUGGUGGUCAGAAGAAAUAGCUUCGUCUCCUUCAUCGAUAUCAGCCACAGUAUCUUUCACUUCGACCAAUGUAACGUUGAACCCUAAAGAGAUGAAUGUCUCGGGUCUGUCAGUGGCACGAAUCCUUCCGCCCGUGCGCUCGUCCAGUCUGAGUUCAACCAAUACAUCCUCAGCGCCCACCCCUUGUCUUUCAACUCCGACCAGCGACCGUCCCACCAGCAGCAGUAGCCAUAGCACCACCGAUACCUUCACCACCGCCGAAGACGAACUCACCUACUGCAGCAGCCGAAGCAGUCUUAGCUCAUUGUCCCCGGAUGAUGAAGUUAAAUCACUGCUUGAAUGGAAACGCCAAUCAGUCUUGGGCAAUCUGUUCUCCACUCGGCUCAGUCUAUGGGAUAAAAAUGCGAUCUUUGGUCACGUGGAGGAGUUAAUGAAACAGUCGUCGCAACAAGAGGCUCAAGCGAUGGCUGAUAAACUGUGGUCCGAAGACGAAACAACCAUCAAACUGGAAAAAAUUGCUGCUUAUCUUGGACGCUUCGAUCCUUUUUGCCACAAUGUGCUGCAGCUUUAUUUAGAAAAAUUCGAUUUUACCCAUAUGUCUCUCGAUGAUGCGUUUAGAAAGCUCUGUGACAAGUUGUAUUUCAAAGCCGAAGCGCAGGAAAUCGAUCGUAUUCUCGAAUCAUUUGCACGUCGGUACUGGGAGUGUAACCAUCACUCUCUUUUUGGCAAUGCAGAUAUUGUUUAUGCAGUGACUUAUUCAAUGAUGUUGCUAAACACCGACUUGCAUAUCGUUCAUGGAUCGGGUCACAUUCGGAUGACACGAUCAGAAUUCUGUCAAAAUACCAUGCGCACCGUACUGGAUCAUUUAAAUUCCGCCAGAGCCACCACUCCAUUACCGCUCAGUCUGGCACAAUGGCAAAAUCAUAUGGAACAGUGUUUAAAGGAUAUUUACAGCUCUAUAAAGCAACGUGGUGUAUUGCAGGCCAAUGUUCACCAUGCUAUAAAAACCAAACCAACGAUCCUGCAGCGCAUGGGAUCUUUAAAGCAACGCAAACAAGAAAAUAGUGCCGUCUUUGAGCCAGAAAAGAGCAGUAAAUGCUUCGAAGGUUAUUUGAUAUGGAAGGAAUCAUCCGAACAUCUUUGGCACGAAUGCUUUGCUACACUUGAUCACGGAUACCUCCGUCUGCAUGCGCAAACAAAGCGAAUAUCACCGAUCCAUUUGGGUCAUGCAUUGGCUGCCGCCGUUGCAAUCGACGAUUGUUCAUUUGUUCUUCACACCAUUCCUUCAAAGACGUACUUGUUCGCAUGCGCAACAUCAGACGACCGAGAUCGCUGGAUGCAUCAAUGUAAUUAUUGGGCUGCGCGUGAUACCAAGGUACCAUUGCCGGUAGGGAUCAAACACACAGAUUACCAACAGCCAAGUCAUGGCUUGGAUACAUGGACGGUGCCUGCGGCUCCUGCACCCAACGUGCGAAGUUUUCUUAAUACGGCCGACCAGCACGAGGCAAUACGCAAUCAUUUGAAACACUUGCAAGAGGAAUACGAACAACAUCAGGAAUUGCGGACAGUUUUGACUCGAAAGCUCACCAAUUGGCAAGCCAAGCAAGAUUAUUUAAGUCAGGAGAUGCAAAAAUACACAUGUUACGAUCUCGCACUAGAACAGGGGAAGCAACGCAGUGAACCGCCGAGCCUGCUGGACAUUGGCUUGGGGGACAGCCUUUUUGAGGAAAUCAAUGCUGAACUUCAGCUGAGCCAUCUCUCUUGA